AUGGGAUGCUGUGGUGGACCUCGGCUGUGGAUCGGCUGUUUGGUGACUUCCCUCCUCCGAUCGGACGCGGUGAAGGUGACAGUGAGGGACCGCAGUUUGGAGGUGGUGCGGGGCGACUCUGUGCUCCUGCCCUGCUCCUUCCGAACCAUGAGCCCCCUGUCCCGCCUCAACAUCGUCUGGACGCUGGCGCCCCUCUCUGACCCCGGGUCGCCGUUCCAGGUGAUAGUGUACGACCAUGGUCAGGUGAUCGAGAACCCGUCCCUGAUUGGCCGGGUGGGGUUCGUGAGCGUGCCCUGGACCGCAGACAUCAUCCUGAACAGCACGCGCGUGUCCGACGCGGGAACGUACCGCUGCGUGGUGAACAACCCGCCAGAACCCGGGGACCCCGGGAUCGGAGAGCUGCGCCUCGAUGUGCUGGCACCCCCGUCGCUGCCGCAGUGUCUGUGGGAGGGGGACGCGGACGUGGGAGGCACUGUGACCCUGUCCUGCUCUGUGGAGGGGGGUGUUCCUGCCCCGGAGAUGAGAUGGGAUAAGCUGGAGCCGGAGCAGAUCUCCCUGCCCCUGAACAUGGAGGGCACCAUGAAGAGCACCGUGUGCAUUGCCAACAUUUCGGCGCAGAACUCCGGCCUGUACCGCUGCUCGGUGUCCAACCCUCUGGGAACGCAGAAUUGCUACAUCCACCUGUCAGUGUACAGCCCUCCGGACCCUUCCCCCGGCAUCCUGCAGGGGGUGCUGCUGAGCCUGUCCAUGGCCCUGGUGCUGCUGGCUCUGCUGGCCCUGGUGCUGUGGCUGCACCGCUCCGGGCGGGACAGGAAGUGGAAAGAGGGCGAGGAGGAGGAGUGUUACAACGAGAUCAGGUACACGCCCACCCUCGUCCGGCGUUCCUUCGUAUGACCCCACCUAAUCACCAGGACUAGUCCAUCACCCCUGUCUCCAUCACUCGCCU